CAUUCAUGUCUGAACUUGGCGAGACACCGAUCGAGGAGGCGGCUUCUCUUUUCUGUCUCUCCCCCGACCAGGGCAAUGCCUCCUCCCAGUCUCCCCCUCCCCCUCCGCAGCAGCAGGCCAUCCGACGGCCGGCGCCGCGGCCGCCUCAUCACCGUCGCCGUCGCCCUCCUCGUCUCUCUCCUCCUCGCGCUCGCCUACCUCUCCUUCCCCACGGCCUCGCGCGCGCGUGGACCACCGCCCACCGCCGCGGGCUGCACGGGCAUCCAGGGUGUCGAGCUCUGGGGCGAUGCGCUCAACUGGGGCUCCGACCACCGCACUACCUCCGCCGCCGCCUGCUGCGCCGCCUGCAGGGCCACGUGCCGCGGCGACGGCGGGGAUUGCCGCUGCAACUCGUGGGUCUUCUGCGGGGACAGGCGCAGAUGCGGCAACAGGUUCGGAGAGUGCUGGCUGAAGAAGCAGACGGACGUGUUGGCUCCUUCUGUCAUUGCAAGGGGGGAGGACGUCAUGUGGACUUCUGGUCUAGUCUUCGGCAAAUCGAAGGGAGUUGUGGGGCUGGAGACGAAUCUUGGCACGCUUCGCGUUCAAUUGCUGCCUGAUUGUGCACCCCGUUCUGUGGAUUACUUCAUCGAGCUCUUGGGCUUGCACAACUGUGCCGGGUGCAGAUUCUAUCGUGCCGAAGGCCGUGGGCAUCUGUGGGAUGCACAAGGCGACAGCAUAAAAAAUGCUGCAUCUGGUCCACCAUAUGGGCUGCUUCAAGGGACACUAGAAGUGGACGGCGUAGCCUUCAAGGAGGUGCCGAGAGAAGGGUGCUCAGCGGUGAGAAGAGGAUCUGUGGCGUGGGUGGGUUCAGGGCCAGAGUUCCUGAUCAGCCUGGCAAACCAUGAGGAGUGGAGGGACACCUACACGGUGUUCGGGUCCGUGGUGCCGGAGGACAUGGCCAUCGCCGAGGAGAUGGCGAUGCUGCCAACCAGCACAGACGUCUGGAGCAAUGUGACUGUGAGGCUGCUGAAGGACCCAGUGUAUUUCAAGGUGAAGAGAAAGAGCAACGCUAGCGCCGUGUAGGCCUUUUGAAUUCAUUGUUGAUUUUCUUGUUUGUUUGGUACUACCGGCAACAAAGAGGGAUGGGAACUAGAUGAGAAUCAGACACAUUGUGUAGCAAAAUACAGUCCAAAAGGUUAAAGCAGGAAUUCUGUGUAAAGAGAGGAAAAAUAGAGGAGGUUUGGAAAGAGAAAGAUUUCACCUGUUAUUUGUUACCUGUCAGCAAGCCAUUUCAUGAUCUUGUUUUCUUAGUUUAUGUUUGA